CCUAACAGUGAGAAUGAUCUGCUUUUCAGAUAACACCUUCCAGUCUAUUUUCUGUUGCUGCUGCUCAGUACAGAAGAGACAAGUGAGAACACAAGUAAGCCUGAGCAAUGAUGAAGUACAUUCAGAAAAAUAUAGCCCACAUCGCAGGCCGUGGUUCAGCAGACCGUCACACAAGAAGCAACACAGCAGGGGCCACGUUCAGCCGUCCACGCGCAAGCCCCUGCCACCACUGCCUGCCUCUGCGCUGGCCCAGGAGAGGAUCCAGGUCAAGGCCUUGUUCGACUUUCAGCCCCGGGAGCCCUGCGAUCUCGCACUGCAGCGAGCUCAGGAGUACCUGGUGCUGGAGAAACCGGACUCUCACUGGUGGAAGGCGAGAGACCAUCUGGGGAAUGAAGGCCUAAUCCCAAGCAACUAUGUAACAGAAAACAAAUACACCAAUUUGGAAAUAUAUGAGUGGUACCAUAGAAACAUUACCAGAAAUCAAGCAGAACAUCUAUUAAGAAAAGAGGCUAAAGAAGGUGCAUUUAUUGUCAGAGAUUCAAGGCAUUUGGGAUCCUACACAAUUUCUGUAUUUAUAAGAGCCAGGAGAAGUGCAGAGGCUACCAUAAAACAUUACCAGAUUAAAAAGAAUGACACAGGACAGUGGUACGUGGCUGAAAGACACCUCUUUCCCUCAGUCCCUGAGUUGGUCUGGUAUCAUCAACACAACGCGGCUGGUCUCCUGACCAGGCUUCGCCACCCGGUUGGGCUGAUGGGUGGUUGUCUACCAGCCACGGCUGGCUUUAGCUAUGAAAAGUGGGAGAUAAAUCCAUCUGAGCUGGCUUUUGUCAAGGAGAUCGGGAGCGGCCAGUUUGGGGUGGUCCACUUAGGAGAAUGGAGAGCCCAGGUCAGCGUCGCCAUCAAGGCCAUCAGCGAAGGCUCCAUGUCUGAGGAAGAUUUCAUCGAAGAAGCCAAAGUGAUGAUGAAAUUGUCACAUCCAAGGCUAGUUCAGCUCUAUGGGGUGUGUACACAGCAGAAGCCCCUUUAUAUCGUGACAGAGUUCCUGGAGAAUGGGUGUCUGCUCAACUACCUCAGGGAGAGAAGAGGAAAGCUUGGGAAGGAAAUGCUGCUGAGUGUGUGCCAGGAUGUGUGUGAAGGAAUGGAAUAUCUGGAGAGGAACUGCUGUAUUCACAGAGAUUUAGCAGCAAGGAAUUGUUUGGUUAGUUCUACGUGCAUAGUAAAAAUUUCAGACUUUGGCAUGACAAGGUAUGUCUUAGAUGAUGAAUACAUCAGUUCUUCUGGAGCCAAGUUCCCAAUCAAAUGGUCCCCUCCUGAAGUUUUUCACUUCAAUAAAUACAGUAGUAAAUCUGAUGUCUGGUCAUUUGGCGUUUUAAUGUGGGAGGUUUUUACAGAAGGAAAAAUGCCUUUUGAAAACAAGUCAAACUUCGAAGUUGUGGAAGCUAUUUCGAAAGGUUUCCGGCUCUAUCGCCCUCACUUGGCACCCAUGUGCGUCUACGAAGCCAUGUACAGAUGCUGGCACGAAAGCCCUCAAGGCCGCCCGACAUUCAGCGAACUGCUGCGGGGUCUCUCAGAGAUCGCAGAAACCUGGUGACCUAGAGAGGAGCGCCAAGCCC